AUGGAGGAUCGUAUACAACAUGGUUCGGCCAACGCCCCUUCCGCUGCCGCGCCAGACCCCCUCGGACUCCCAGUCGAGCCGCGAGACGUGAUCCCUUCUCCUCCGCCGGGGCGCACCCUCCUGCCAGCCCCCGUCGCCACCGCCAUCAGCCUGUGGACGCGUUCCACCAGCCUCGCCCUCCGGGUUGGUACGGUCAUCGGCGGCUAUGGCUUCGGCGCCGCAAAGGCCACCACCCUGUCCAGCCUCGAGAUCGGCCGCGGCAUCAUCGAGGGCAUCCUGCACCGUGCCGGAUCCGAGUCCUUCUCCAGGUCCAACUCCGACCUGGCCAGGGCCGAUGCCGAGACCAUCAUGGAACGCAGCCUCGAAAGCCUGCACAUCGCGAUGUCUCAGGUCGUCUUCUGGACCACCGCCGGCUUCAACCUGACCAGCACGACCCUAUCCGCCAUCUCAGAGGUCUCGCAGUUGACUCUCUCCUACCUUGACUCCAUUCUCGGCUCCACCGAGUCCUCGAGAGCCAUCGCCAGCAUCAUCACCCUGAUACGGCGCGAGUUUAACAAUCCAGCUACUGGCCAACCGGGCGAGCACGUCGGCGUCUUCGAUCUCAUCGUUGGCAUGGUUGGGCUGGCAUACUUUCAGAGAUGGUCUUGGAGGCUCAUUAUGCAGGAGAAUCAACGUCUACAGGUCGACGAGAUACUGUGGGACGUCGUGAUUAUCAAUGACGAGGAAAGGCUGGACUAUAGCAGGGUCGACAAUGGAAUGCAAGUAGCUGGCCGUGACCUGGAACCAGGCCCCAACGAGACGGUCAUACAGACCAUCCAGCAGCAUGAUGCCGUCGACAGCAGCGACGGCGAAGACGAUCUCCCCGAGAUACGGCUCAAACAGCAGAUCAUGCGCACGCUGCCGGCUGGCGCCAAAGUAUCGAUCAUGACAGAGACCAAGACGACCAAGACCAUCACUGUCGACGUCUCCGGCACACAGCCGAGAGCCCUUUCGCCACCAGCAGGUGUCGAGCUCAUCGAGGAGACCCGUCUGCGGCCGGUCUCGUCACAAGGGAACCGUCGUUUGUCGGUAUCGUCAGACCAUCUUCUGCAGGGGUCCAGUCCUCUUGAUUCCACUUAUCGAGUGGUCUACAGGGUUAACAAGAACAAACUUAGAAGUACGGAGAUGGAGAGAGGCCCCGAGGAAGUUGAGGUGCCUCGAUUCGUGGAGCAGAUCGACUCAGAUACCGAACAAGCCCUUGAAGACCACACGAUUUCGGAUGAUGAGAAGGAAGUAUUACCACCAUCGCCGCCCUCCCCGCCUUCGCCACCGUCUCCGCCUCCGCCACCCCCGAAGUCUCCACGCCAUGAGACUCAGACCGAAGCUCUCCCUCCUGCGGCUGGGGCACCGCCUGUUCGUUCACGUUCAAAGAAAGGUCGUAUAUCCCCAGUCCUCAGCCGAAAAUCCAGUGUCGACAAGACUUCACAAAUACCACUGCCCAAGUCGAGCCCGGAGACCUCUGCAAAUCAGAAACGGCCGAGGAUGCCCGUAUCACCUCCGGGAUCGACGAGCAGCAUGGACAAUCCGCGCAAGAAGCAGCAGUCCAUGUCGAAGCUGCUGUCAAAGAGGGCAAAAGGCGACGUGACUCCACCUAACUCAGCAAAACCACCAAGCGAGAAGAAGGGAGGUCUGCGCAAUGUUUUGAAAAGGGGGUCAGGAACCACUCUGGGCAACUUCGUUGCAAAAGAUGAGAAAGACACCGUAUCCUCCAAUGUGCCGGUGGCUUCGAAAGGGAAGCAGCAGCCCGCGAGGGACUUGCGUCGCGGGCCGGCGCAGAUCCACCAGAAGCCGUCGUCGUCUGCCGCAAAGAAGCAGAUGUCUGUCCCAAAUCGCGACGCCUCUCUUGUCCCAAGGCGAGACGCCCCCCGCCCGCCUCAUGGAGGUCAGGCGAGGAACCCACUCACGUCGCGAGCACUCGCCGAGUACGAAGCCAGCGGAGCAGUGCCACGAAGCCCUUCCCGAGCAAGCUACAUAUCCAUCCACGAGCGCAGGCGGGAUUCGCUCAUCUCGCAGACGGACACCUUCUCCAUUCACUCCGUAGAGCAUCAUCUUCGACCCGUAUCACCCGCCUACAACCGCAGUCCCAUAGCGAAAUCGAAGUCGGGGGGAGACAUUGUCGACAGACAGCUGCCUCCACCGUCGCCCUCGCGAAAUCACCGACGAGUCUCUUCUCAAACCUACUCACCAAGCAUUUACACAUUGAAAACUGCAGAUUCACAGAUGUCCCUUAUACCCUUCCACCAUCGCAGCCCCUUUGGCAAUGCCGAAGCGCUCGCUACACUCCGUCGCACGGGUAGCAUCGACACGACAUUCCCACGCUUCCACCUCCUUCGAAAUAUCACUCGCUACAUGCGAUUUUCCUCCGCCUCGUACGGCUCAAGCUUCCUAAAGGUCCUCGGCAUAUCCAAGACGAUGCCGCCCAUGCUCAAAGCCCUCGACGACACCCACCACGAACUCCGCAUGUUCGCCCAUCAUACCCAAUCCCAGCCUCAAUCCAUCCUAUUGUCGUCUUUUGUCGAUCCGCAGGGCGGCAGUGACUCCUCGGGAUCAACCGAGACCGGCGUGCCGCUUGUGCACUAUGUAUCCCUAGACGACGAGUCGAAAGCUGUCGUGUUGGCCUGCCGCGGGACGCUGGGGUUCGAGGAUGUCCUGGCCGAUAUGACAUGCGACUACGAUGACCUCGUCUGGCGUGGGAAGAGCUACAAAGUCCACAAGGGAAUCCAUGCCUCUGCGAAAAGACUACUUUAUGGUGGCGACGGGCGGGUGCUGGUAACGAUCAAGGCCGCACUGGAAGAAAACCCAGACUACGGACUCGUCCUCUGCGGCCACUCCCUCGGCGGUGCCGUCACCGCCCUGCUGGGGGUCAUGCUCAGCGAGCCGAUCGACGGCGGAACCUCCUUCGUGACAUCAGACGAGCCGCACAGCCGCCUCCUGACGUACCCGGGCUGCUCACCGACCGACUCUACCGCGCAAACGCAGCAACCGCGGCCAAACAUCUGCCUGCCGCCCGGUCGGCCGAUCCAUGUGUACGCCUACGGCCCGCCGGCUACCAUGUCGCCAUCGCUGCGCACCGCGACGCGCGGGCUGAUAACGUCCGUCGUGCACGGGCAGGACCUGGUGCCGUACCUGUCGCUGGGGGUGCUGCACGACUUCCAGGCCGUGGCGCUGGCCUUCAAGACGGACAACGCGGACGCGAAGCAGGAGAUCAAGCAGCGGGUGUGGGAGGCGCUGCAGGGCGGGCUGAUGGACAAGUGGCGAGGGGGAGGCGGCGCCAGCAGCAGCAGCAACAGCGGGGCCGGCAGGGCCGUCGGCGAUGAGGACGAGGAGUGGGCCUUCGCCGCGUUCAAGACGCUCCGCGCCAGCAUGAUGAGCGAGAAGCUCCUCCCGCCCGGGGAGGUGUUCGUCGUGGAGACGGAGAAGGUCCUUCGGAGGGACGCAUUCGUGGGGCCCGACGGCAAUGGACAGCAUCAGCAGCCGAGAGAGAGGGACGACAACAAGGGACAGCAGCAGCAGAAGUCGUUCAAGUACGUGGGCCGCCCCGCCAGGAGGAUCGUGCUCAAGUACGUGAGGGACGUGGAAGCGCGGUUCAGGGAGGUGCGGUUCGGGGCCACGAUGCUUACGGACCACAACCCGGCCAAGUACGAGGAUGCGCUGGAUGGGCUGCGGUUUGGGGUCGUCGAGUCUUGA